AUGCUCACCUGUUCGGACGUAAUAUCGGGUUUUGUGUCGACAAUUGCCGGUGACGUUAACGGUGUAUCGUUGGGAACGGUACCAAGCGAA